AUGUCGCUGAGGCCAAACGCUAGAAGUGAGGCUCGACGGAACAGGUAUAAGGUGGCUGUGGAUGCCGAGGAGGGUCGCCGUAGGAGAGAAGAUGGAAUGAUCGAGAUCCGGAAGAACAGAAGAGAAGAGAACUUGUUGAAGAAGCGUCGGGAGGGUCUUCCGGCUAAUCAGCAAUUUCCAGCCCCACUCAACAACCCUCAACUUGACAAGUUAGAGACUCUUCCAGCUUUGGUAGCCGGGAUUUGUUCAAAUGACCGCACCUUGCAACUGGAAGCCACCACUCAAUUCCGAAAGCUCCUUUCGAUUGAGCGCAAUCCGCCCAUUGACGAAGUUAUUAAAUCCGGCGUUGUUCCCUGGUUUGUUCAGUUUCUGGCUAGAGAUGACUAUCCGCAGCUUCAGUUUGAGGCAGCUUGGGCUCUCACAAAUAUUGCAUCAGGGACAUCUGAUAACACCAAGGUCGUGAUUGACCAUGGUGCUGUUCCAAUCUUUGUAAGAUUGCUUAGUUCUCCUAGUGAUGACGUUCGUGAACAGGCAGUUUGGGCUUUAGGUAAUGUUGCCGGGGAUUCUCCAAAGUGUCGUGACCUUGUUCUCAGCCAAGGAGCAUUAAUGGCAUUGUUGGCUCAAUUUAAUGAGCAUGCAAAGCUGUCCAUGUUGCGUAAUGCAACAUGGACAUUGUCAAACUUCUGUAGGGGAAAGCCACAGCCUCAUUUUGAGCAGACAAAACCUGCCCUACCCACUUUGGCUCGACUUAUACAUUCCAACGAUGAAGAAGUUUUGACAGAUGCAUGUUGGGCACUUUCAUAUCUCUCUGAUGGUACUAAUGACAAAAUCCAAGCUGUUAUUGAUGCUGGUGUUUGCCCUCGUCUUGUUGAGCUUCUCCUUCAUCAUUCGCCCUCUGUUCUUAUUCCUGCGUUGCGCACUGUUGGUAACAUUGUCACUGGUGAUGAUAUGCAGACCCAGGUUAUCAUUGACCAUCUGGCCCUUAAAUAUCUUCGGAACUUGUUGGUCCAAAAUCAUAAAAAAAGCAUUAAAAAAGAAGCUUGCUGGACUAUUUCAAAUAUCACUGCUGGAAACAAAGAGCAGAUUCAGGCUGUGAUUGAAGCUGGAAUCAUUGCUCCCCUGGUUGAGCUACUGUUGAAUGCUGAGUUUGAGAUAAAGAAAGAGGCUGCUUGGGCAGUUUCGAAUGCUACAUCUGGUGGAACUCAUGACCAGAUUAAGUUUUUAGUGAGCCAGAAUUGCAUAAAGCCAUUGUGUGACCUUCUUGUCUGUCCUGAUCCAAGAAUAGUCACUGUCUGCUUGGAAGGUCUGGAGAACAUUUUGAAGGUUGGAGAAGCUGAGAAGAAUCUUGGUAACACUGGAGAUGUUAAUGCCUUUGCUCAGUUUAUUGAUGAAGCGGAAGGUUUGGAAAAGAUAGAAAACCUCCAGAGUCAUGACAACAACGAAAUCUAUGAAAAGGCUGUGAAGAUUCUUGAAACGUAUUGGUUGGAAGAGGAUGAUGAGCAGCUGCCCUCAGGUGAUGCACAACCAGGAUUUAGCUUUGGAGGAGGUGAUGUCUCUGCUCCAUCUGGAGGAUUCAAGUUCCCUUGA